GAAAGCUAGGCUACAUUAAUGAUUAAUAAUGUCACCAGCAGCAUCAACAAGAUGGUGUCCAACACCAGAACAAGUAAUGAUUUUAGAGGAAUUGUAUAAAGGAGGAUUAAGAACCCCUAAUGCUUCUCAAAUUCAACACAUUACUUCCCAUCUUUCUCUUUAUGGCAAAAUUGAAGGUAAAAAUGUUUUUUAUUGGUUCCAAAAUCAUAAGGCUAGGGAAAGACAAAAACUUAGGAAAAAACUUAUUGGUAAACAACAUCUUCAAAUCACAUUUUCUCAUUAUGAUCCUCUACCUAAUUUUCACCCUCAUCAUCAUCAUCAUCAUCAUCAUCAUGUCUUUGAUCAACAUUUAAUUCAACAUCUUCCUAAUCAUCAUCUUCAUUUUGAUCCCUCUUUUCUUCCUCCACCUCUACCACCACUACCUCCACCAUCAUCUUGUUGCCGUCCAACGCCGCCUUCACAUGGCUUGUUCCAUCAGCUUCCUCCUCUCACUUCAUCACGCUUUGCUUUGCAUCAGGAAAGAGCUGAAGAUUUAGUGCUACAGGUGACAAAUUCAUACACUUGGAAGAUGGAUAAUACAUCAGAAAGAAAGCAUGAAACGGAAAACACAAAGCAAUCAAUGAUAAGGAUGAACACAAAUGAUGAUAGGAUGAUGACAAUAAGAUUAGAAGAUGAUCAUCAUCAUCAUGGCAAUGAUAAUAAUCAUCAUGACCAUGAUGACGAUGAUGAUGAGUAUCCAACUAGAAGACCCCUCAAAACCUUGGAGCUUUUCCCUAACAAAGACAAGACUUCUCUGAAGGAAGAUCUUUUUUUCUGUGAUCAUUAAGAUUUCUCUCCCUUACAAGUGUUAGUCUUUUGUCUUUCUAAAAAUUGUCUACUAUGAAUUAUUUGUCUUUCUUUCACUUCAUGUAAGGAAACUAAUUUCUCUACUCCAAAAAAUGA